GUGGAGCUCGGGAGACGAGCAGGCUCACGGCGGCGACCUGUCCGUCGGCGGGGCGGAGCGCGGGGCGAGUGCGAGCUGCGGGGAGCCGGUGUGCCGGGGGACUCGGGCCGGGGACUGGGCGGCGGCGCGUCCCGGGAGCAGCAGAAGUCGGUGCCCGUGCGCGCUCCCGCCGUCCCCGGGCAGCCGCAUCCCCGGCGCCCCCGGCAGCAUCGCCGCCUCCGGCCAGCCGCGGAACAUGGCUGCGCGCCGCGCCACGGUCGCCUGCGCGCUGCUGCUGCUGCUGUCCUCCGCCCUGCUCCGCCGCGGCUGCCGGGCGCGCUUCGCUGCCGAGCCCGACUCGGAGGAGGACGGAGAGGCAACGGUGGCGUUCCCCGAGUCGCCCCUGCAGAGCCCCACGGUGCUCGUGGUGGUCCUCGCCCGCAACGCCGCGCACACGCUGCCUCACUUCCUCGGCUGCCUGGAGCGGCUGGACUACCCCAAGAGCAGGAUGGCCAUCUGGGCAGCCACUGAUCACAACGUGGAUAAUACAACGGAAAUACUCAGGGAGUGGCUGAAAAACGUGCAGAGACAAUAUCACUAUGUGGAGUGGAGGCCUAUGGACGAACCAGAGUCUUACCCUGAUGAAAUUGGACCAAAGCACUGGCCCAGCUCCCGGUUUGCCCAUGUCAUGAAACUACGGCAGGCAGCUCUUCGAACUGCGAGGGAAAAAUGGUCAGACUACAUCCUGUUCAUAGAUGUCGACAAUUUCCUGACUAAUCCACAGACCCUGACCCUAAUGAUUGCAGAAAACAAAACCAUUGUGGCCCCCAUGCUGGAGUCCCGAGGUCUCUACUCUAACUUCUGGUGUGGAAUCACACCUCAGGGCUUCUAUAAGCGGACACCAGACUACCUUCAGAUUAGAGAAUGGAAGAGGAUGGGCUGCUUCCCCGUCCCUAUGGUCCACUCCACCUUCCUGAUUGACCUAAGGAAAGAGGCCUCCCACAAGCUGGCUUUCUACCCCCCACACCAGGACUACACCUGGACCUUUGAUGACAUCAUCGUUUUUGCCUUCUCCAGUAGGCAAGCAGGCAUCCAGAUGUACCUCUGCAACAAAGAACACUAUGGCUACCUACCCAUCCCUCUGAAGCCCCAUCAGACGCUGCAGGAAGACAUCGAGAACCUCAUCCAUGUGCAGAUAGAAGCGAUGAUUGACAAUCCUCCAAUGGAACCUUCCCAGUUUGUGUCAGUGGUCCCUAAGUAUCCAGACAAGAUGGGAUUUGAUGAGAUUUUCAUGAUUAACCUCAAGCGCAGGAAGGACAGGCGGGACCGGAUGCUGCGCACGCUCUACGAGCAGGAGAUUGAGGUCAAGAUCGUGGAGGCCGUGGAUGGGAAGGCACUCAACACAAGCCAACUGAAGGCCUGGAACAUUGAAAUGCUACCAGGGUACCGUGACCCCUACUCCUCCAGGCCUUUAACACGGGGUGAAAUUGGCUGCUUCCUCAGUCACUUCUCUGUCUGGAAAGAGGUCAUUGACCGGGCACUGGAGAAGACGCUCGUCAUUGAGGAUGAUGUGCGUUUUGAGCAUCAGUUUAAGAAGAAGCUAAUGAAGCUGAUGGAUGACAUCGACAAGGCUCAGCUGGACUGGGAACUGAUUUACAUCGGCAGGAAAAGAAUGCAAGUCCAAGAGGCAGAGAAAGCAGUGCCCAACGUUGUAAAUCUGGUGGAAGCCGACUACUCCUACUGGACACUGGGCUACGUCAUCUCUCUGGAGGGAGCACAGAAGCUUGUUGGCGCUGAUCCCUUUGGGAAGAUGUUGCCAGUAGAUGAGUUUCUGCCAAUCAUGUACAACAAACAUCCCGUAGCCGAGUACAAGGAGUAUUAUGAAGCCAGGGACUUGAAAGCCUUUUCUGCAGAGCCCUUGCUCAUCUACCCCACGCACUACACAGGCCAGCCGGGCUAUCUGAGCGACACAGAAACUUCAACCAUCUGGGACAACGAGACAGUGGCCACCGACUGGGACAGGACACAUUCCUGGAAGUCCCGGAAGCAAGGACACAUCCACAGUAACGCCAAGAACACGGAAGCACUGCCGCCACCGACUUCUCUGGACACCGUGCCUUCAAGGGAUGAGCUCUGAAAGCUCCCUGGGAGUACGGUCUACAUGGUUCAUCACUGUCUGGUUUUUCUAAAGGGCUACUCAUCUGUUUGUUCCAGGUUUUUUGUUUGUUGGUUGGUUGGCUGGUUGGUU